CCAUAAACCCUUGCGAGCUUUACGUCGUUGUGCGUCAACUCCCCAGUCCCCCCACCAUCAUCGUUCUACAGAGGAAGAAAGGGGGAGACGGGCAGCCUAUACAGAACGCUUUCACACAAAUAUGAGCAGCAGCGGGCGGCCCAGGACCAGCUCAUUCGCUGAGCCUCCCGGAGCUCCCGGAUCCGCUGCAGCCGGUGCCGGAUCAGCAGUAGCCGGUGGAAGCUCGACAGGAAAAACUGGGGCUUCACAAGCCACUGGAAGCAGCUCAACGAGCUUUGGGAAUCUGAAACUGCCUAGAGACAGUGGCAAAGUGACAACAGUGGUGGCUACACCUGGCCAGGGCCCUGAUCGCCCACAGGAAGUGUCCUACACAGAUAUAAAGGUCAUAGGAAAUGGCUCCUUUGGAGUGGUCUACCAGGCUCGCCUCAUCGACAGCCAAGAGAUGGUGGCGAUUAAGAAAGUUCUCCAAGACAAGAGGUUUAAAAAUAGGGAGCUGCAAAUUAUGAGGAAAUUGGACCACUGCAACAUUGUGAGGCUACGUUACUUCUUCUACUCCAGCGGAGAGAAGAAAGAUGAGGUGUAUUUGAAUCUGGUGCUGGACUACGUCCCCGAGACAGUGUACAGGGUGGCUCGGCACUUCAACAAGGCCAAGACUACCAUCCCCAUCAUCUAUGUUAAGGUGUACAUGUACCAGCUGUUCCGCAGUCUGGCUUAUAUCCAUUCCCAAGGCGUGUGCCACAGAGACAUCAAGCCCCAGAACCUCCUGGUGGACCCAGAGACGGCCAUCCUCAAACUCUGUGACUUUGGCAGUGCUAAGCAGCUAGUUCGGGGGGAGCCGAAUGUGUCCUAUAUCUGCUCACGGUACUAUCGUGCCCCAGAGCUCAUCUUUGGUGCCACCGACUACACAUCCAACAUUGACAUCUGGUCGGCCGGCUGUGUGCUGGCUGAGCUGCUGCUGGGCCAGCCCAUUUUCCCUGGGGACAGCGGUGUGGACCAGCUAGUAGAGAUAAUCAAGGUUCUGGGGACACCAACAAGGGAGCAGAUCCGGGAGAUGAACCCUAACUACACAGAGUUCAAAUUCCCACAGAUCAAAGCACACCCUUGGACAAAGGUGUUUAAGCCUCGUACCCCACCAGAGGCCAUCGCCCUCUGCUCUCGACUGCUGGAAUACACGCCGGUGACCAGGCUCUCUCCUCUGGAGGCAUGUGCACAUGCCUUCUUCGAUGAGCUCCGCCAGCCCAACACCCGCCUGCCCAGCGGACGAGAACUGCCGCUCCUCUUCAACUUCAGUCCCGUUGAGCUGUCUAUCCAGCCCCAGCUGAACUCCACACUCAUUCCUCCUCACGCUCGUGCACAGUCAUCGCCUGCCUCACAUGAGGGCAGUGUGUCAGACAGUACCGCCCAGCCCAGCUCAGCACCUGGAUCACUCAACAACAGCACCUGAGCAUCCAUCCCUCUGUCCUUUCUUUUUUGUCUUCCCCAUUUUCCUUUUCUCUCCUCUGCUCUCCUCCCUCUCGCCCUUCCUCCUGGCUCCAAACCCCUUAAAAUAGAAAAAAAAAAAACUAUACACACCCACAUAAACACUCAGCAUUGCUAUUUACCCUGAAUGUUAACCAUUUCCAAUAGAAAGCGGUUUCCGUGGCUGCUAGUUUCACAAAGAUGUGGGUUGUUUUAAGGACAUUUAGGUAACCAUUCAUGGGCUUAAUAUAAGCUGCAGUUCUAAGUCCCUGGUGGCCCUUGUCUGGCCCAUUAGAAUAAAGAAUCGUUACAUUGGUUGGGUAGGAUGUUUGGGAGAUGGGUGGGAGGGGGUGUUCGGGGGGGUUAUACAUGUUGUGUGGAUUUUCUGUAUUAUAAUCAAAAGUUGGCUUUUAUCCCUUUUAUGUUCUUUUUAUUUGUAUUAGCUGAUUUUAUGUGUGGCCGUGGUGCCAUUGAAUGGGGUCUUGAUUGGCUAUGGAGUUGAGAAUGAGGGCCGCAUGUAAGGCCUGACUAAUAUUGACAAUCAUUCUUAGUAGGGUCAAAAAUGGCACACUUGUACUGUACAUAGUGUUUGAUCGUACAACCCACUGUGUAGACUAGUGGCUUUUCUUAUCAUUUGCUACCCUGAACUCUACUCAAGUAUUGUCAGUUCAUCUAGCCCAGCGGUGAACAAAUGUGAAGAAUUGUUUUUAAAUCUCCCAGUUUGACACCAGACCGAUUUUGUCCAUGUCAUUUUAGAUAAGAGGUGGUUUUAAAUUUUAUUACAAAGCAGGGCACCACAGCCUGUCUUUACUGUUUGUUUUUGAAAAUUAGCUCCUCGACUGCCUUUUAUGUGAAUGAGAGGGAGCUUUAUAUGAGCAAAGUGCACACAUCUUCACUUUAUUUAGUAUAAGCUCAUGUUGUCAUUGGUUAAGCUGGAAACCAAGCGUUUCAUGUUGAUUCUCAUAGUGAGUAUUGCACAUCUCCAAAGGGAGUAGAAGAGGGGGAGCAAAGGGGGGAGUUAUGUGUACUGUCCAGCUGUGAACGUAACCUCACACAGAGGGAGCCGUUGGUGUGGGGCUCCACUUGCAUCCAAUACAGAAGCCUCAGUGUCUCAAAUGUCAUAAAUGCAGUUGCCGAGCACUGUAGGGUGAAUAGUCACCUCAUUAAUUAUGUCACUUUUACGGUGUUACGUUUCAUAUCAGCUCGAUUAUGUUGAAGCAUUACAUCAGGUGCAGAGGGUACAGAGAGACUACUGGCCGCUUUCGCUGCUCACCUGGCUCAUCAUUGUCAUUUCGGCUAAUAUACACAAUUACUGUUUGUGCAGGAGGAUGACUCUGUGAAUGAAUUUAGUUUGCUGUGUGUAUGAGAGAUCUGUUGAAACCCUCUUCGCCCCUUCCCAAACAGCCUGCCUGUGACGCUCAUAUCACGUCGUGUAAUGGUGGUAGGAACUGAGCUCGAAAGAAUCGCGCAGCCUAACGGUCCACGGUCAGCAUGGACUACUUUUUCUUCCACCACGCAAAUGUGCAUGUUCAGCCCAGGUUGACCACACUAUAUUACUUCCACUAAUAUCAGUAAUAAUCUGACCAGAAAUGAUGCUCAAACGCCUGAAACCCAACAGCUUUGGAGCCUCCCCCAAUUCCUUUUUGCCCUCAUCCCUCUGCCUUCUGCUUCCCUCUUUCCUCUUCCUUUUUUCACUGCUAAACUGUAAAUAUCAAGUACCUUUUAUUUUAUUUUGUUAUUUUUGUUAUUAUUGUUAUUAUAUUGUUGUUCUUGUAAUUUUUUUUUUUCUCUAGUAGACCGGCGCAGCAGCGGCCGGACUGUUUAUCCUCAGUCGCAGUCUGUAAAUAAGAUUUCAUUUCAGUCCCUGGUUCACGGGGGAAAAACAGAACAAAACGUUUCAUUUUUAUUCUCUCUCCCUCCAUUUCUCUCUUCACAACUUUCCCUUUCCCCCCAUAAAUGUUGUCAUAACUGUUUUAUUUAUUGUAUUGUGUUUUUGAGGGUGGGAUUUGGGGAAUCUUUUUUUCCACUGGGGUGGUAAAAAUUGAGGGAUUUGUUUGUUUUGUUUUUUUUUUUUGUUCCAGAUUUUAGUCCAUCAGUGUCACAUGCAAAAUGAUUUCACAUCCAAGAUACUGUACACAGAUCCAGAUGUUGGAGUGUGCUCUUCAAUCAGUGUAUAUUCAGCUGCACAUGGCUACCAACAGGUGGAACUCAUGUUUUCCAUUUGACUUCAAUGUGAAGGGAAUGUUACAAACCUCUGGAUCUAUUGGGGGGGUCACCCUGUGUGUGUGUGUGUGUGUGUGUGUGCUUGUGCGUGUGUGCUUGGAGGAAAGGAGAAAAAUGAAUCUGUCCAUUGACAUGUAUCAUCUCCUGUGUCCGACCGUCUCCUGUUUUCUCUCGCUGUGUCAUAUGAGUGUAACGCGGGUUUGACCUGUUGACAGUAUGUGUCGCAGAUAGGUGAAUUUCUUGAGCACAGCUGCAGGGAAUGUAUGUUUGCAUCUUUGUGUGCGUGUGUGUGUGUGUGUGGGCAAACCAUGGACAUUAUUCUCUGUAUUUUCCUAAACGAAGAGCUGACUAAAUGUGCUAUUUUAAUGUUUGUUUUUUUGUUUCCAUCUUCUGAUGUCACACUUAGUUUUAAAUUUUGCUCUUUUAUCACCCUUGCCUGAGGGAAGAAUGUCAUUGUUGGGAACAGAACGGUUGGAUAAAGGAGAUGAUGAACCAUGAGGGAUGGAGGGAGAGAGACAGUUUUUGUUUGUUGGUAUAAAUAAUUAAACUCAUUAAUAAAGUGAUGAAACUGUU